UGGUUCUCACGCGCCAUGGCGGCCCCCGUCCAGCAACCUCCUCGGUCUAGCGGUGGAAAGCGCAAAGGAAAAGCUCAGUAUGUGCAGGCCAAGCGGGCGCGGCGCUGCGACGGCUGUGGGCCACCGCAGCUGGAACCCGGGCUACAGGGCAUUCUCAUUACCUGCAACAUGAACCAGCACAAGUGCGUGGAGGAGGCCUACAGUCUGCUCAACGAAUACGGCUACGACGUGUACGGGCCGGAAAAGUACAAAGAUCAGCAGCCCUCUGGAAGUGAGGCAGAAGAUGAUGAUGUGGAGGUUGCCUUGAAGAAAGAAGUUGGUGACAUUAAAGCAUCUACGGAGAUGAAGCUAAGAAGAUUCCAAUCAGUGGAGAGUGGAGCAAAUAACGUAGUCUUCAUCAGGACACUUGGGAUAGAACCUGAGAAAUUGGUACAUCAUAUUCUUCAGGAUAUGUAUAAAACCAAGAAGAAGAAGACUCGGGUUAUUCUACGAAUGUUACCUAUUUCGGGCACAUGCAAGCCUUUCUUAGAAGACAUGAAAAAAUAUGCAGAAACAUUUUUGGAACCCUGGUUUAAAGCUCCAAACAAAGGGACAUUUCAGAUUGUAUAUAAAUCUCAAAAUAACAUCCACAUGAAUAGAGAAGAAGUUAUCAAAGAAUUGGCAGGAAUAGUAGUGGAAAAUAAAGUGGAUCUUACCAAUCCACAGUACACAGUGGUAGUGAAAAUCAUUAAAGCUGUCUGUUGUCUUCCCCAUGCAUGUCAGCCUCUGAAGGUAGACAUACUAGGUUCAAAUGUUGGCGCUGCCAUUUACCAGCUGAGUGACCUUGAAGAAACUGCUUAUUUCUCCUUCUACCAGCUACAAUAA